AUGAUUGUAGCAGGAUUGAUCAAUAGUGCUUUAUUGAUGAUUGCAAUUAAUAAUAGUGAACCACGUAAAACUGGUUGUGGUAUUUAUCUAAUAAAUACAUCAAUUACUACUCUAUUUACAAUGAUUAUAUUUUUAUUGAAAUUUCCGAUACUUAUCAUUGCACAAAAAACAUAUAUUACGAAUCGUUUAUUCCUACAAUUACAAUGUACUUCAAUAGAUUUUUUGCUACGAAUUGGUCUUAACAUGGAUCAAUCGUUGUCUGCAUGUAUAGUCAUAGAACGAGCAGUUGCCCCAAUAAAAGGAACCAGUUUUAAUAAGAAGAAGAGUAAAGAAAUGGUUAAAUAUAUCAUUCUUAUUCUUCUAAUUUUGAAUAUUGGUACAAUUAUUCAUGUUCCUAUUCAUCGACAUUUGACAAAUGAUGAUGAUGAUGACGAUGAUAGCGAGAAAAGAAUUUGGUGUAUUGUUACUUAUUCAUCUAGUCUUCAAACAUUUAAUACAGUGGUAAAUAUAUUUCAUUUCUUGACUCCAUUUAUUAUUAAUUUGAUUUCGGGUCCGAUCAUUAUCGUAAUGACUGCUCGACAGCGAACAACUGUUCGAAUUCAUGAAAGCUAUCGAAACAUUAUAUCAACAAUUUGA